AGCCGAAUCGGGAAUCAAGAGGUCCCCCCAGUUCUCAUGGCUUUCAAAAUGGCGGACGACCUUGUUAGUUCUUUGGAGUCAUCUCUUCAAUCCUGUGUUUCGCUUCUGCUGUCAAAUGAAGGAAUUGAGAAAGGACAACAUCACAACGACAACACAAAAGGAGUGGAAUUUACAAUCACUAAGUUUUUAAAGAAUGCCCAGGCGUUAGAGGCGGAUUUCCUGAACAAACAGAUGUACAUUAGAUUAAACCAGCCCCAAGAAACGACAAAACAGGAGGUUGGUCACCUUAAAACCGAACUCGCCCAGAAGGAAGAGUUGCUAAAUAAAUUGUCUGAAAGAGUUGACUACUGGAAUAAAAUCCUUGAUGAUCUUCAACGCAAGCAGACAGAAAUUGAAGCAGCAGACAGAAAGAUUCCCCAAGUGCAAACAUCAGCCCAGAAAACCUUAUGACCGAUAAUUAUCUGAUUAGCGUUUUGUAAAUAUAUAAAGACAAAUAAACUUUUGUUACACUCCUA